AUGUCUUCAACAAACUAUCGUGGAUGGGAGAGGGAAACACAUAACAUAGAACCAGGUCACACCUACGUAAGCUCUGUCUGCCUACAUUUCACACCGCUGCUUUUAGGGGGAGUUUCAAGUACAGCGCAACCCGAGGUCUCUUACGGAAGUAACUUGAGGGUUGAUUUGCAACACAACAGCAUUGAAAGAUUCGAACUGCCCAUCAACAGUCAAUACAUAACCAACACAGUAUUCCUUAUGGACUACAAUCCAUACAGAUGUGACUACAGCCUCUAUUAUUUUAUCCAAAAUAAUAUACAAGAAAUUAAAAUGUUCAACAUUGUCAUUAAACAAGCUGAAUGCGCUCAACCACCGGAGCUGAAAGGGGUUAAGUUGGUAAAUUUGCAACUAAAAGAACUGACUUAUGACGUAGACUGUAAAACUGGAGAUAUAAUCAAACAUCCCAGUAACGAUUCAAAUUGUAAGUGUAUAAGCAAUCCGAUUCAAAGUAGAUUGGAGAUGUUCUGCGAUUACCCCCCCGAUGUGUACCCCAAACUGCCCCAACAUAUCAAUUCUACGUAUUUGAAGCUGAGAUACGUCACCGAUGUGCCAUUGCUUCCAGCGGAAGUGAAGAUUGUUGAUUUUUCUUCUUUGAAUCUCACCGAACCACCAAUUGCCAACUCUAUAGCGUUGAAUCUGACAAACAACUAUCUGACUAAAGCUCCUCUUGAGUUGUUUCAAAGAAAUUGUUCGGUGUACUUAAGUAAUAAUCCCUUUGACUGUACUUGCUGGGGGAAGGACAACGUGUUAGCUCUUAACGCCUUCCAGAAUCGUAUCCCAGACUACAAGAAUCUGACCUGUUCUAACGGCAUUUACGUAUCGUACACAGUCGUAGAACAGCUCUGUGCAGUAAGAAAUAGCACCAUCAUCGGCUUAUCACUCGGCACAUUUGUUAUUCUUUUCAUCAUAUGUACGAUAAUAGCCAUCAAAUAUACAACGGAAUUAAGGAUACUUUUGAGGGAAAUGGGAUUUUGGCGCGGAGACGUCCUUGGCGGGGAGAUUUACGAUGCAUUUGUGUCCUUCGCUCAUCAAGAUGAGGACUUUGUGAGGGAGAAGCUGCUACCGAAGUUGGAGAAAGGGAAACCACCUCUGAAGAUCUGCGUACACUAUAGAGAUUGGGUGAUUGGUGACUAUAUACCGGCUCAAAUCUCUCGGUCGGUCGAUCAAUCGCGUUACACAAUCAUCGUGCUAUCGAGAAACUUCGUCGAAUCGAUGUGGGGACGUAUGGAGUUCCGGACCGCUCAUGCUAAAGAUCGAGUGAUUAUUCUCAUGUUGGAAGACUUGUCCGCAGACAAAUCACUUGAUCCAGAACUUAGGGCAUAUAUCUCCAUGAAAACGUAUGUAAAAGCCGAUGACCCGCUAGUAUGGGAGCGUCUGAGAGAUGCUGUGUUACGUCGUAGGUGGAAAACUCUAAACCAAACAAGCUGA